CCAGCGGCCCGCAGCCCGGCCCCUCCCGCCCCGCCGGAUGUGAUGGCCGCUCCAGCGGGGGGGUGAGGAGCGAGCCAGCGGCGGCCGACAGCCCAGCGCGGCUCGGCCCGGUCCGGCCCGGCCCUGACGAGCGGCGGCUUCUCCUUCCCUUCUACGCCCCCUCCUCUCCGCUCGUCCUCCCGCCAUCCAUGCCCCGGGCUCCGUAGCCGGCGGGGAGCGGCAAGGCGGGUGGCCCCGAUGCGGAGGAGCCGCCGGCGGGCGCCAUGCAGCCGCCGCCGCAACCCUACGAGUUUUUCGGCGAGGAGAACGGCCCGAAAUGGCGGGGGCUCUUCGUGCCCGCCCUGCGCAAGGUUCAGCAACAGGUUCACCCAAACCUUUCAGCAAAAGAAGAUUCCCUCUAUUAUAUUGAAGAGUUAAUCCUCCAGCUGCUAAACAAACUAUGCAUUGCUCAGCCACGGACUGUCCAGGAUGUAGAGGACCGGGUUCAAAAGACAUUUCCUCACCCCAUAGACAAGUGGGCGAUCGCUGAUGCACAGUCUGCUAUAGAGAAACGAAAGAGAAGAAACCCUCUCCUGCUGCCUGUGGACAAAAUACAUCCUUUAUUAAAGGAGGUCCUAGGUUACAAGGUAGAUUACCACGUCUCUCUGUAUAUUGUGGCUGUCUUAGAAUACAUCUCAGCUGACAUUUUAAAACUGGCUGGAAACUAUGUUUUCAACAUCAGGCACUUUGAGAUCUCCCAGCAGGACAUUAAAGUAUCAAUGUGUGCUGAUAAGGUUUUGAUGGACAUGUUUGAUCAGGAUGACAUUGGUUUGGUUUCUCUCUGUGAAGAUGAGCCCUCCUCUUCUGGGGAACUCAACUACUAUGACCUCGUGAGAAACGAAAUUGCAGAAGAAAGGCAAUAUCUGCGGGAGCUGAAUCUGAUAAUAAAAGUCUUUAGGGAAGCUUUCCUAUCAAACAGAAAAUUGUUCACACCUCACGAUAUUGAUGUGAUAUUUAGCAACAUUUCAGAUAUUCACGAGUUGACAGUGAAGCUUUUGGGAUUGAUUGAGGAUACUGUUGAAAUGACUGAUGAAAGCAGUCCUCACCCCCUGGCUGGCAGCUGCUUUGAGGACCUUGCAGAGGAACAAGCCUUUGAUCCAUAUGAAACCUUGUCCCAGGAUAUUCUCUCUCCACAAUUUCAAGAGCAUUUUAAUAACUUAAUGGCAAAACCUGCUGUUGCUCUCCACUUUCAGUCUACUGCUGAAGGGUUUAAAGAAGCUGUACGAUACGUCCUGCCACGACUCAUGCUGAUCCCAGUCUAUCAUUGUUUGCACUACUUUGAGUUACUACAGCAAUUGCAGGAAUGCAGUGAGGAUGAAGAGGAUCGAGAGUGCCUGAAACAAGCCAUUACAGCUCUCCUGAACCUGCAGUGCAGCAUGGAGCGCAUUUACAGCAAGCACUCCCCGAGACGUCGGCCUGGGGAGCCUGUCUGUCGCUUCUAUAACCGACAGUUAAGAAGCAAGCACUUGGCCAUCAAGAAAAUGAAUGAAAUCCAGAAAAAUAUUGAUGGCUGGGAAGGCAAAGACAUUGGGCAGUGCUGCAAUGAGUUCAUAAUGGAAGGUGGCUUGACAAAAAUAGGAGCCAAACAUGAACGCCACAUCUUUCUCUUUGAUGGUUUAAUGAUCAGCUGUAAAACAAACCACGGUCAGUCACGGCUUCCUGGGUACAGCAACGCAGAGUAUAGACUGAAGGAAAAAAUUAUCAUGAGGAAAAUACAGAUUAUUGAUAAAGAUGACACAUCUGAAUACAAACAUGCUUUUGAACUGGUGUCUAAAGAUGAGAACAGCAUUCUCUUUGCUGCCAAGUCUGCCGAAGAGAAGAGCAACUGGAUGGCUGCUCUGAUUUCCCUCCAGUAUCGCAGUACUCUGGAUAGGAUGCUGGAUGCAGUGUUACUGCAAGAAGAAAAUGAACAGCCCCUGAGGUUACCCAGCCCAAACGUGUAUCGUUUUGUGGUGGAAGACUCAGAGGAUAACAUUGUUUUUGAGGACAACUUGCAGAGCAGGAAUGGCAUUCCUAUCAUCAAAGGAGGAACAGUGGUGAAGCUGAUUGAAAGGUUGACGUACCAUAUGUAUGCAGACCCUAACUUUGUCCGUACUUUCCUCACCACUUACCGCUCCUUUUGCAAGCCCCAGGAGCUGCUGAGUUUACUGAUUGAAAGGUUUGAAAUCCCAGAGCCUGAGCCUACUGAAGCAGACAGACUGGCAAUUGAGAAGGGGGAGCAGCCCAUCAGUGCAGACCUGAAGAGAUUUCGCAAGGAAUAUGUCCAGCCAGUACAACUCAGAAUAUUAAAUGUUUUUCGUCACUGGGUAGAGCAUCACUUUUAUGAUUUUGAAAGAGAUCUGGAGUUACUAGAGAGACUGGAGACAUUUAUUUCCAGUGUAAGAGGGAAAUCCAUGAAGAAGUGGGUGGAAUCAAUUGCUAAAAUCAUCAAGAGAAAGAAAGCUCAGGCCAAUGGCAUUAGCCACAACAUCACCUUUGAGAGCCCACCCCCCCCCAUUGAGUGGCACAUCUGGCGUGCUGGGCACAGUGAAGCAAUGGACCUCAUGACCCUGCAUCCCAUCGAGAUCGCUCGGCAGCUGACACUGCUGGAGUCUGACUUCUAUAGGGCAGUACAGCCUUCUGAACUCGUUGGUAGUGUGUGGACUAAAGAAGAUAAGGAAAUGAACUCCCCAAAUCUCCUGAAAAUGAUUCGUCACACUACAAAUCUCACUCUUUGGUUUGAAAAGUGCAUUGUGGAAACAGAGAACUUUGAAGAGCGAGUGGCUGUGCUGAGCAGGAUUAUAGAAAUCCUACAGGUUUUUCAAGACCUGAAUAAUUUCAAUGGUGUUUUGGAGAUUGUCAGUGCAAUGAACUCUGUCUCAGUGUACAGACUAGAUCACACAUUUGAGGCACUACAGGAAAGGAAAAAAAAAGUCCUGGAUGAAGCAGUAGAAUUAAGUCAAGAUCAUUUUAAGAAGUAUCUGGCUAAGCUCAAGUCAAUCAAUCCACCCUGUGUGCCUUUCUUUGGAAUAUACCUAACAAAUAUUUUGAAGACAGAAGAAGGGAAUCCUGACUUCCUUAAAAGACAAGGGAAAGAAUUAAUUAACUUCAGUAAAAGAAGAAAAGUGGCUGAAAUUACAGGAGAAAUUCAGCAGUAUCAAAACCAGCCUUACUGUUUACGGAUAGAGCCAGAAAUUCGGAAAUUCUUUGAAAAUCUCAAUCCCAUGGGGAAGAUACCAGAAAAAGAGUUUACAGAUUAUCUCUUCAACAAGUCAUUAGAAAUUGAACCUCGAAACUGCAAGCAACCACCUAGAUUUCCUAGAAAAACAACAUACCCCCUGAAAUCUCCUGGGAUAAGGCCCAACACUGGCAGACAUGGCUCCACCUCAGGCACCUUGAGAAGCCACCCACUGCCACUUGAAAAGGAACCCAGUAAGAUAAGUUUCAGUAGGAUCACUGAGGCAGAGCAUGAAACAACAGCAUCAGCACCAACUUCUCCCAACACACCAUCAACACCCCCAGUGUCUGCUUCUUCAGAGUUCAGUGUCUUUUUAGACAUUGAUCUCAACAGUUCUUAUGGUAACAACAGCAUCUUUGCUCCUGUCAAUUUGCCACAGUCAAAGACUUUCUUCAGUUCCUGGGGUAGCUUUCCUAAAUUAAGUGAUGAGCCUCAGAACCCUCCUCCACUUCCUCCACGAAAGAAGAUGGAUCAGGAUGCUUCUAAUUCUAAGGGAAGUUCCAAGUUGGAUGACGAUCCUCCAGCGAUCCCACCUCGGCUGCCACCACCUCCAAAGAUACAACCUCGUGCUCCUGCUUACAACAACCCCUUCGACCAGCCACUGCACAGCCCUCCUCCUCCACCUCCCCGGGACCCUCUCCCCGACACUCCGCCUCCGGUACCGCUCCGGCCACCCGAACACUUUAUCAACUGUCCCCUCAACCUCCAGCUGCCACCCGUGGGACGCUUGCACAGGGAUCCUGACAGGUUGAGGGAAGCCAGCACAGGUCCCAGCUCUCCAGGCACUCCUCCCAGCACACCUUCUCCCAGGGUCCUGCGUCGCUGCUGUGUCAUCAGCACCAGUCACAACAACCUGGCCACCCACCCGCCUGCACCCCCUGUCCCACCCCGGCACAAUUCGAGCCCUCAGUUACCAAAACUGCCACCAAAGACUUACAAAAGGGAGCUCUCCCACCCUCCUUUGCACAGACUCUCCUCUGUUGGACUGCAUUACCCUCAGGUGAUCAGCAGCAUUGCCUCAGUGCCCACAGUUAUGCCAGUAUACAAAAUGUACCUUUUGCACUGUAAACUACACUAAACAAAUUCAAACUGACAUCAAUUAAUUGCACUGAGCCAAAAAAAAAAGAAAAAAAAAGAAAAAAAAGGUGCAUCUGUGGAAUUUUUUCUUUGAAAUUCUAGCACUAGUGGCCUUUUUUUUUUCUUUUUCUUUUUUUUUUUUUUUUUUAAUUUAAAACCAAAACCAAUGGGAUGGUUACACAGCACGAGGACAUGCAGUGUUACUGAUUUGAAACCUCUGGCCACUUGCCUUCUCUUUUUUUUUUUAAGCUUGGAGGUUGGUGAGUGACAGCUACUGUUCUCAAAUACUUUAUUGCCAUGUCUUAAUUGCCAUUGAUUUGCUGCUGAAGACAAAAACCAACAACAACACAAACAAAUCAGGUUGAAAUCUAAAUACCAAAAUACUCAGUUGGUCUUGAUUUCUUUUUGAGAAAGGAGGGAGAAGGACUGCCUGUUGCAGAUGUUGGAAAGGAUCCCUCACCCCUAGCAUGCAUCUUGUUCAGAUGUGCCUUUUUGUUUUGGUAGGCAAAGAUGUCUUAAGCUGAAGAGUUGUCUACUGUUCUGGAGAACAAAGCUAUAUGCCGUGUCUGUACAAUUGUUUAUAUUGUAUAUUUACAGAUAAUGCUAAUUAAUAACCUGUAUAAAUUUAAGUGACUUGAGGCCUAUAAUAGAGUCUGCUCCUCUUGCAAUCUCAUCCGGUCAGAAGUGUUUCCUCUGGCUUAGGAACAGUCUUGCCUUCCAAACAUAAUAACUUUCUUUAGAUCUCACUUAACUUCAUCAUGAAUCCAUUUUUGGAAAUUGGUAGCAUUUAAACCAGCAAACACUUAAAAAGCUUUAUUAAACUUUUUAAACUGAUAAGUGAAUGGAAGUUUUAUUUGCCAGUUGAACUCCUCCUUGUUUGAACUGGCGUGAGAGUGAGUCUGUUUUACUUGGUAGUACUGUAGCAGCAUUUAUGAAGUGGCCAGAAGCCACAUUUUAUUUACUGGUCUGUGGCCUUUUACUGUGCUUUGUAUCAGAGUUCUUAACAAGAUUAAUAAAUCACCCCAGUCUUAAUUUUUAA